AUGAAUCUUGAGAAAGAUGCAAAUAGCAUUAUGCAGAGCAGAUAUAGCGAGAAGUUAUGGGAUAAAUCGCUAUACCGUCAGCUAUGUGGUGAUAUUGGUGCCGCGACAGCUUCUGCGGCUUUAGUCAGUCCAGCAGUGACUAUUAUUGAUAGAGCUUUUGUCGAAAAGUCAUUAUUAAAUUGCUCGAUACUUCGCGGCCUCAAAAAACAUACGAUUGCUGCGCUGAAAACUCCCCACCGAUUCAUUUUCUCCGUACCCUUUGGUCUUAUCUGGACACUCUAUGCAGCGACAUACACCGUUGCCAAUGGAUCAGAUACUAUUUGCAAAAAAAUUGAAGCCCCCGCAGCAGGUAUAAUCACCUUCGUCACGACAACACUAGUGAACGUCCCACUCGGUGUCUGGAAAGAUAUGAAAUUCGCCCAAGCAUACGGCAUAAGAAAUGAUCAUGAUACCCUGACCAAAAUCACAGAACCUAUUCAAACAGGACUCGCGAAGAAAGUAAUCAAUCCAAAACCAAAUGGUGCUGCAGCAAGAGCUGCAACUGCUAUGUUUCUUCUUCGUGAUUCUGUUACUAUUUUCGGAUGCUUUACUCUUGCGCCACGAAUGACGGAAAUAAUUCCUGAUGAUCUUGUGACGGGACAACCGGAGGCAAAAUUGGUUAUUGCACAGUUGACUGUUCCUGUUUUGACUCAGGUGGUUGCUACGCCGAUGCAUCUUUUGGCGUUGGAUUUGUAUAUGAGGCAGGAUGUUAAGUUUGCGGAUAGACUCGUGCAGAGUCAGAGGUAUUUACCUUCUUCGACGGUUAUGAGGUGUUUUCGGAUUAUACCUGCGUUUGGAUUUGGGUGUUUGGCCAAUAUGGAAUUAAGAUCGUUUUUUCAUAGAAAAUUGAAUGUGUGA